GCGAUUUCAAUUUACAGAUGAAGGGCCUCUCGCAGCGGCGUCACUCGUAGGCGUUCGUGUGCAAGCUGCCACGCACCACACAUCUCUUUCUCUGUUUUCCUCUAUUUCCAGUUUCCCCACAAUUUGAGUGACUGCUGGUCCGCCAUGCUGCCCGCCCUGUGCCUGCUGGGCUCGGCCCUGGGCUCGGCCCUGGCUGACGUGAUGGUGAAGGAGGUGCCGGCCGGCGCCAUGGCCGAGCUAGAGUGCCCCUCCAACGACGACCACCACCGCUUCUCGUACUGGCAGACGCACAACGACAAGGUGAUCGGCCCGGGCAACGAGUACAACGACUACAAGUACAAGUACGAGGUGCUCACGGGCAAGCUCUUCAUCAAGGGCGUGUCUACGUCUGAGGCCGGCUUCUACAAGUGCGUCUCGCGGGCCGUGUCGGCCGACCCGGCCAACAUCAAGAUCGAGAACGUAGAGCUGAUUGUGAGAAAGGACUGGGAGGAGGUGUACGAGGACGACACGGAGACCAACACGUUCCGGGCCGUGGCGGCGCUGUCCGUCAUCCUGGUGGCGCUGCUCCUGCUCCUGUUCUUCCUGCGCAUGCGCCGGACACGCCCCCUGAGGUUCAGAGACCUGAUCGACGAGGAGUCCCAGGACGAGGCCCCCGCCGCCGUGGCCGCCCAGGCCCGCGCCGACGUGUACCGCCCCACCACCCUGCCCUCCUCCUCCAGCAACGGUGGGGCGGGUGGCAGCUCCGCCAAGGACAACCUGGCCGUGGCGGUGGACACGGACUUCCCGACGGUGUUCGAGAGCAUCCACGACCCACGGAUGUAGACGCGGGGCCGGGGGAGGCGACCUACCUCCUCGGCGCUACCGACCUGCUCGCGUUCUGACUGACCUGUCGAUCGCCUUCGGACCGUUACUGUUCGUCCGCAACGCAGUAUUAAUUUCAGGAAAAAACUGUUAGCGUUUAGGCUGUGUGAGAGAAGUUUUCCAUCCCUUGGAGUCUUCCUGGAAAAGGGGGAGAUUCAAAUGGUUGUCGAAAAGCGCGACAUCGUAUUACGACAAUGCAGCGAUGCUUUUUCGUUAUGCAUCAGAUGUUUCUGGUACAUAGAAUCACUUUCCAAUCUCAAUAAAACGAGAAUUAGCAUAGUAAAAUUCAGAAUGUUUCACAAAUAACCUUGUAAAAUGUUUUUAAAAUAAAAUUACGGGCUUUUGAUA